AUGACUCUUGAUGAUUUUUUGGGUGAGCAAGGAAUUCAUUUAGAAAGAAAAGAGGAGCAUAUUGAAGUUUCAAUUACUGCGGAUGCUAGAUCUAGGCCAUUCCCGAAUGAUGGAGGAAAUUUUCAUAUCCCCCAUGAGGAAGAUUAUCUUGGUGAACAUGAAAAUGAUAAUUUUGAUGUGGAUGGAGACCAAGUUAUGGAAGAUGCUCAUGUAGAAGAUACUCCAAAGGUUAAAAAGACUAGUGGAAAAACAAGAUGCCUAAAGAUUUAUGCAAGAACUUGGGAAGAAAGGGAGGAAGUGACUUUUGAUUGUGGAGCAGCCGUGGGGCCAACUCCUCAGAAAUCAAAGUUCAUUCUUCCAAAAUUCUCAAAGCUAUGGAUGAUGACUGGUGUUCAAGGAGCAUGGAAGCGAUACAAGACAAGAAUCAAGAAGAAACACUUUGAACCAUAUUCUGGAAAUAUUGAAGAUAUGUUGGUGAAUCGUCCUUUGGAAAUUCCAGAAGUACAAUUUCGGAAACUAAUUGCAUAUUGGAGCCAUGUGUGUGUAAAUUCUGAAAAUCGCCAGAAGCAACAAUGGAGGCAUAAAAUGGGGCCAAUCAAUUUUGCAAGAGUACGUGUUGAUUUGAAAAAAGAGAACAAGGAGGAACCAAAUCAAGCUGAAAUGUUUGUUGCAACUCGGAAUGGACUGAAAGGGAAACGACUUUAUGUAGAAACACAAGCUAUUAUUGAUAAACUUGAUGAUCUCGAAGAAGCUGGAGAAACUCCUACUAAUGUAUUUCAAAAAGUGUUUGGUAAAGAGAAUCCAGGAAGAGUUCGAUGUUUUGGAAGAACUCUUACAAAAACUUAA